AUGUUAUCAAUCUCAUGUCCUUGCUUGGACUCUCUAGCGAAAGAGCCAGAGCUGCCCUGUCAAAAAACUGAAGUCUCAUUGGACGGAGUCAGUAAAGAAGGAGCUAGCUCUGGUCAUACUAAGAUUGAGCACUCUGCAUUCAUUGGUGGUGAUGAUGAGAUGAAAAUCGAUGGUUAUUUGGAAGCAAAUCACGAGGAGUACACUGAGGUGACAGUGGAAGACCAGAAGCAUGAUGAAACAGGUGACGUUAAUUUUAAUCUUCCUAACUUACCUUCCUCUGAGACUACCGAUUUGCUAAAAGAAUCAAGUAACUCUCUCAGUCCAGAGGCGAUUGGACAAGACCAUGACCAAGUAUCAAGUUUAGACUCCAUUGAAGCAGAGCUUGGGAAAGAGCCAUCGGUUCGAUACAACAACACCUUGGAGAUAACAAAGGAAAGCCAGACAGAAAACGAAACUAAACAACAGGCCAGUGUCCAAUCCUCUAAAAGAAACAAUGUUAGAAACUCAGGUAAGGUACGAGCUAAGAGGAGUAGAACUCGAUUAAUGCAACUACAACCGUUGAAGCCUUUUCUACUUCAACAUUUCAAACGAAUCAGUAAAAGAAAAAAACAUUGA